GGCAGGUUACCCCAACAAUUACUAGUAUUAGCCGGUUGAGAUGGGCAAGAAGAACAAGAAACAGCAGGUCGAUGUGGUGGCAGCUGCCAGUGAUGAUUCCCCGGCUGCCAUUGAUCCUCCCGUGGAGAAUUAUACUCAGGAGGAAGACACCAGCGCGGAGGUCUUCCUCUGGCUGCUGGCCUACAGUGUGCUCAUGUUCACGCUGCCCUUCUUGGGCUUCUAUGGCGUGCGCAGCUGGCUGCAGGAGUCCUUUCCCCAUCUUGAUCUCUUUACGGUCAACUGUUGGUCAGUUCUCACGGCUGUUGUGGUUGUUAACCUAGUGGUCGCCAUGUAUGUAUUAAAGGCUUUCCGCGAGAAGCCGCCACCACCUUUGGAACCGGUGCAGCAGGAUGAGGAGGAAGAGUUGGAAGCUGUAGAGCCAAAGAAGGAUCAGUAAUUAAGUGACCUAGCACUUCAUAAAGAUAUGUAAAAAGGCUGACAUAAGUCCUGACAGCCAAUUCCAGUUCAUUUCGAUCUUUUUAAGGACCAGUAACUACGUGUUACUCUUAAUAAAUCUUACUUUGACACACU